AAGUUGCUUUUCUUGUUUAAACAGGUUCAGCAAGCCAAUGUUGAUGAUGAAGAGAUUGCUCGUGCCAUCAACUCCAAGCUCGGAGAGACUCCAGGGAUAUCUUACUCAGAAAUAGCUUCAAAGGCAGUGGACUGUGGACGAACUCACCUGGCCAUCAAGGUUAGUUGAGAGCAUUCACAUGUGAACAGUUUUAUUAUAGACGUUCCAAGGACAAUUUGAGGCAUAAAGCGGUGUCCUCCGUUAGUAUUUUCUUGCUAAAUGCACUGAGCUUAAACAAACGUGGGUUGGUAUAAAAUUGGAUUUUUUUAUCUACGAGAUUGCUUUUACUGUAGGUAAUCAAGAAUUUUUUUUUCAGUAUCCGGAGUAUGAGGACCGCGCUUUGUAAUUAGUUCAGCGGUACGCUUUAUUAUCAGCAACAACACUAUGGUGAAAUAUUACUCAAUUGUUAAAGGACUCAUGUCGAGAAACAAAACGUACGGCUGCAAAGAAGACCAAUGGGGGAAUGGAAUAUGGAGAGAUUUAACAAACGAGUUGAUAACUUAAAUACAAACAAGUUUCAUGCUCUAGCCGUUCGUCAGAGCGAAGAAGGGACCCUGAAGCCUCGGAAUCAUAUUAGAAUUUUAGUAUAUCGAACGUGGGCCAUUGAUCAAUAUAACUUCUUAACUUUCACCAUUCUUCUCUCCAGGGGUUACCAACAUGCUCGUCUCAUAGGACGUCAACAAAACCUGGAACGGACCGGGUCAGAUCAAUCCCUGUAACUCACUGAAUAACGAAAGGUAAGGGAUAGUGCCUCUGGGAAUGAUCUGAUCCGGUUCUGCGGUCCAGGUUUUGCAUACGACCUUUCUCGUGGCUUCGCCGUUUCCACGAGGAGACCUGCUUACAGCCUGGCUUAAAGCCAGCCUUGACCUCUAGCUGGAGCAAUCUCACCAUAGUAAGUUCGUCGUUUGACAAUCGGUAAACGAGCCUAUCGUAGCCAUGCCAUGAUAGCUUGUCACAGACCCUCUAUUUUCUCUUCAAAGUCCGUCGAGCGCGGGGGAUAAAAUAUAAACCGCAGGGGAUUAUAUUUGAAAAGAACGAAAAGAAAAAUAAAACAACGUCUGUGUACAGGCUAUGCCAUGAUGCAUAAUGUAUCUUUCAAGAUACUCACAUCUUCGUGGUCUGACUUUUUACCUGUAGCUGUUGGACUAUGAAGCAAAAGCCGCUGACCAAGUUCCAUUGCUCAUGCGCAUGAAUAAAGAUGACCUAGCGCUCGAGAAGGCCAUUAUGAGUGGAGACACGGACCUGGGUGAGUUAUAAGUGGGUACCACUGCGGAGAACUACAGCUAACUUUAUAGUGGAUGGGAACAAUUUUUGAAGCCCGUUUUUGUUUCGUCGUAGUCGCAAGAGCCGACGUAUAGAAAGAUCUAUCGUAAUGUUGAAAUUGUACCAAAGGUUUCAAAAAUUUAGAAUAAGCUUUCUCAGCUUAAAAGUUGGCGUUACACCAGCGGCGUUACAAGCUGAGACAGAGGCUCAAACCUUAAAACAUUUUUGAGAUUGUUUUGUUGCUCAUUAUUUGGAUCUUCCCUCGCCGUUGACACAAUUUCAAGUAUAUUUCAACCAUCUUGAUCCUUACGUGCUGUCCUCCAAUGGUAACAGCUUUCUCUGGUCAGGUGAUCAAAAUUGAUGGAUCUAAACUGCCGUCAUCCGAAACCCGCCAAAUUGUUUUUCCCCUGUAUCUAGAUGACAUUUCAUUUGUGUUGUCUUUUUCUUUCUAGUGUAUAUGGUUGUUAUGCAUUUGAAGGAUAAUCUAACUCUUGGUGAGUUCUUGAUGGCCAUACGUUACCAUCCUGUGGCACUCAGCCUCUACAUCAAGGUGAGUCUAUAAAAAAAAGUUGCGUAAAUGAGUGCGUAUUUGUUCAAGGCUUCAACCAAGAGAAAAUCCGCCAUUAUUUGCCAGGAGACAUUUUUUCCUUUAUCUGUUCAUUUUUUUAAGGUCAUAAAAAUGACGUUAUAAUGUUUAAAACUUAAGUGGAGGAGUGAGAGGUUUUACGGUAAAGUUUGGAGCAUUUUUAAUCUCAUUUCUUUGAAAUGUCGGAGUCGCGGCAGUGAAAAAUGGCUACGUAUCUAUUUGUUUUUUACAAUGUCCCGGAGAAUCGCACUCAAGAAACAGAGAAGAGAAGAACCUUCAGUUCUGUUUCUCGUCUCUGUACUGUCAUAAGCAAAAGUUCUCGACCAAUCGGGGCGCGUAAAUCACUCGGUUAUUGUAAAUCAUUAGACUGUGUGGCAGGCGUCUUAAGAGGUAUUGAAAAAAGUGAAAAAGGGAGGGGUAAAGGGAAGAGAAAAAAAAAGGACACCUUUUUUCAUUUCUGCUUCUUUUCCCUUCACUCCCCUCCCCUCUUCUCUCGUUUUUGCACCUGUUACGCAAACUGCCACGCAGGCUAUUAUGAAACCUAUAUAUUCACUUUGGCAUGACUGUGAUUUGUCUGCAGUACUGUAAGGAUCAGGAUCGCCGUACACUUGUGGACCUGUUCUACCAGGAUGACCAGUUUAUGAACAGUGGUAAUGCCUUUGUGCAGGACAGCUACAACGAGAAGGUAUCAUAAGUAGCUUGAAUGCUAUCGUGCUUAGGAGGGUAUCUCGUCGAAUGUUGUUUUAUUAUUUUAUUUCUUUAAUAUGUAGUUUCAGUUCUGAGCAAAGGGGUGCGUACGCUUCACUCCGUUUCUUCAUGGCGUCAGAGAUUAUUUUUGUUUCCAUGACUGUAGGUGGCCACAAAGCUCCCCUCAACCUCAUUGCCGGGACGUUUUCCGGUUAGAAAAUGGGAUAAACCCCUGUGAACGAAUGGUCGGCAGCCAUCUUGUUUAUUUUGAGCGUCAAGAAGAGCCAAGAAUACGUGUAGCAACUCUUAUUUGUAAUUUAACUCGCACAUUUCUCGUGUUUAAACUCGAAACCUUUAGCAAAAUUCGUUCUAUUCAACCAGUGAUAUCUACUACACAUGCGCUAAUUGUUGCUGUCCAUUUCUUCGUUGUAAAUAGUGGCCCUCAAUACAUGCAGCGACCACGUGACCAUAGGAGACAUAAGACUACAAGUUAUCUGUUAUUUUUCACAGGGAUCGUACAGCGAACAAAGCGCACGCGCCUGAAAAUCGCAGCUCUGCAGGAAAGGCCGUCACGCGAAGGGUUAAUUGUUUAGUUGCGUAACGCCUUCCGGUCUCUCUCCCAAUCUGCUCCGCAGAGCUUUUAUUAACCUUGUCGGGCGGAGCGGUUACUUUUAGUCCUAAACCAAAAGGAUCACAUCCUUGGAAAAGAGAUUAGCGGUCACCUUUUUAUUCCUUGAGAAAUAAGAGGUAAUUCGUUAUCUAUGAACUGUUGCCGGCCAUAGAAUAGAAUCAUCGUUUUGAUAUCUCUUGUUAGUACACUUGACAUAAAAUCUGAUUUUCUUCUAUGUUAUUAUUUAGACAGUAGAAUCCAAGAUGAACACAUUGUCCAAAGCACAGAUGUCUUACCAGCAAGGAGGAUUUCAGUUCUACUCAAAGGUGUGUGCUCUUCACUUUGUUGCUUUGAUUUAGAAUACUUCAAACUCCUUCACGCUAGAGCCACUCAUUCCUUACUAUGUGAAGAAACGAAGACGGACGUUAUGUCUUGUCUAGUAAUCUAGGAUACGGGAUAAACUUGCGAUAUUCGAACCAAAAGCACCCACGGAAACUCUCCACUCCUCUAGCUGUGUUUGAUUAACAAAUACCUUGACUGUACUCUGAACUGAUAUAAAUCACGCAGGAGGAAGCGCCGGGCUGGGGCACGAAAGGAGUGUAGGGGGAAGCACAAGACUUAGUCGAGAGUGUUUAUCCCUAGUUCUUAAGUGCUUUGUAACAUAACAAAGCACAGUAAAGGUUUCUUUAUUGGUUUUAUGAUAAAGAAUCCGUUAAAUUCGCCACGCAUUACUUUCUAAUUUUCAAAACAAACUAUUGGCAGAUGGCGUGAAAGCUGAAGCUCCGUGUUUUAUACCCUGAUAAACACGCUUUGUCAUCCAAUCAGAGUGCGCGUUAAAAGAGUGUUUUCACAUGAUGUCAUGGCGUCCAUAUUGGUGUCCCAAACCAAUCCUCUGGGAGUUGAACGCUUUUCUUUAUAUGCAAACGCUAUCUUUUGUUCCAACAAAUUUGCAUAGAUGCUGGCCACGUGAGUGAAAACACUCUAUACUGAUCUGAGCUAUAUUAUAAAUAUUAACAAAACAUUUCUUGUCAGUGGUGCAUUGUAAGGACGCGCGAUUCAAUUUUCCAGGCAACAGAAGAACAAAUGAAACUCAUGGAAUAUCAAGUCAAACUAGAAGAGAAAUACAGAAAGACAUUCAUGGAUCUGUCCUUGAGUGAUACUAUCUACCAGGUGCGAUCAGUAACACAAUCAACUGUGUUAGCUUUUACUGUGGAUUGAGGCCGGUUAACUGACCACCUACCCCUCCCCUAAGUCAACAUUAACCCCUAUUUCUUAUUUAGGGACAAAUUGUAACUUAAGGGAGGGGUAGGUAGUCUGUUACUCAAAAAUUUCAAUUGAUCCAAAAAUCGUCUGAACCGUAGCUCUCGUUUGAAUGAUCAAAAUUAAGAUGUCAUCAAUAUGCUUAAUAAACAGUACCGACACGUACAAGCUUUCAUUGGAAUGGCCAUACUAAAAGAUUGCCUACAGAAUCAAAUCUUAGAACUUGGAAUCAACAGUAUACGCAGGAAAUCUCUGUUCAGUAGCUUUCGUUCGAAUUGUCGUUCUUAAAGAUUUUAUCCAGAACUUAAAGUAGUUAAACCCACCUUGCAAAGCACAGUAAACCGCUCUGGAAAGUACUAUUAAGUAGCUUUCUUCAAUGUCAAUUAAUUCCCAUACAUUAUCAUACUGUCCUGGGGUUAGUUUCUAAGGAUUACCUUAUACUUUUCAGUGCAUACUUCAAGGAGAACCAAAAGUCGCUGAGCAACUGAAAAAGGAAUUCAAGGUUCCGGACAAAAGGUUUGUAACAUCCUUUUUUUUAUCAGGGACCUCGUAAGACGGAAAAACGGCAGACAGGGAUUCCUUCCCUUCGUCCUCGCGCGGCCAUCACGUUGACGAGCACCUCAGUCAUUCCUUCUUUUCCUACCCCUUCAAACUCCUGCCUCAUAGUUCAGCUCAUUUGCUGCAAGUCAUGCAUUGUGUUGUCUUCAGGUUUUAUUGGCUGAAAGUAAGAUCCUUGGCUGAAAGUCACAACUGGCUGGAACUCGACAAGUUUUCCAAAGCUCGUAAAUCUCUAAUUGGAUACGAGGUAAGUUCAUUGACAAGGUUUUCCGUAACCUGACAUCAGGCGUUACGUUCUUUUGGGAGGAAGGACCGCCGGAUCGCAAGGUAGGUUUCCCGAAACCGGAAACGGCUUUGUACCAGAGUCAAACCUUUCUGCAACGGCUCCCUUGACAGCAAAGUGCCUUUUCUAGAGGAGUUGCCAUUGUGGUGAAAAAGGGGGCAUCUCGGAACUCUCCGGAAUACCCCCCGGAACACCCCCCGGAACUUGGCAGUAGGUAAAAUGAAAAACACAAAAAGAAACCCUAACCCCACUGUGUAAGAUAUUAAAUGUUCAAGAGUGAAUGUACGGACUGUUUGCCGGAAUAAAAAUGAUAGUCGUCUUGGAAAGAUGGCCGUUGGUACAGAUUCGUCGGUUUUUAUCAAAAAGCAUUUAAUUCUUUUUUUAUUAUUAAAGACUACGUUCAUGAGUUUCCAUAACUCAGUCAAACGUUGUGAAUAAACAUUCCAGUGUGAAGACGUUUUAAAUUUUAUGUACAUUGCUUUCUUACAGCCAUUUUUUGAAGCAUGCCUGGAAUCCAACAACAGAAUAGAAGCGGAGAAAUAUGUCUCCAGAGUUCUUCCCGAAAACAAGGUGGCGUGUUAUGUGAAACUCGGGUGAGUUUAUCAGUUCAUUGAAGUUCUUACUGUGGUCAAAGUGCUGGCUAAACAAACUUACCUUGAGUAGUGGUCACUUGUGUUGCGACUAUGCCGAUCAUCCUUUCCCCCCAGAACCAAGAAGCGCGCACUGACCACAAAAUUCUGUUUAUAAUCCUGGGUGAAUGCAAAUUCGUAAGGGAUUGGGAACAAUAACUCGAGUUCUGCACCGCUAAUUGAUGCUACCCUGAGAAAAUAGCUAACAAUUUGUGACACCACCACUGGUUUCCUCACGAACUGGUCUGAAGAAUUUUCGCAGAUAUUCCAUACUGAUGUGACGUGUAGCUUUCUAUCAGUAAAAACAAAAUUGACUGGUUUGUUGGCUAGGACUCGUCAUUUAAUUCCUUUGAUUUUGAUUUAAAUAUUUGAUUUCGGACCCGAAAAGGGACAGGGACUUUCGAGAAACGAGCUAAUCAUAUUGCACCUAUUUAUAAGCGACAUUUUAAUUUUUGUGCCAGGAAAUACGAAGAUGCGGCGGAAACAGCUUUUGCUCAGAAAAGCGAGGAUGGCCUGGAUCUAGUCCUUGGAAAAUGUGCAACUUCAAAUCGUCCGUUGGUGAACCGCAUUCAAGAAAUGAAGGCUCAACUGCGGCAAAGACGAUAA